AUUACAUUGCUGUGAUAGCGCCGUUCUCCUCAUCUGGACCAUGCACCACAAGAGGAUGGACGCCGGCGCUUCUGGGGUGCCAGACUUCUUAUCCUCGCCAUCUCCCCGGCUGAUCAUCCGGAGCUCCUCUCUCUGGUAGCCAUUUUUGUCUCCUUGCUCUCAUCUAUGUGUUAGCACUUGGUGUUCGAUGCCAGUGUGCUGAACGUACAGCCACAACCGACCUGGACAUCAGUCACAGGUGAAACACGAGCCCAGGCACUCCAUCAGAGCGAGUACACUUUUUAUAGUGAUUCUAUUCAUCGUGCUUUAUCUUCCUAGCUGGCUUUGACGACUCGAAUAUAUCAACACAAUCAGUCAUGAUGCGCAUGCGCAUGCCGCCGCUUCGUGAUCUCUUCCCGACGAAAUGGCGGAAUCACAACUUGAUGUAUAUAUUGAUGGCCAUCGAACUGCCUCUUACGAUCAUCAUCCUCACGCUUACGGGUAUCGCCUCUCAUGACCUCUACCGGACGAAGCUCUGGCAGGAUGGCGCCGACAAUGGGUUCAACAGUUCGCCAAAUGAAAGGCUCUACGCCGCGGCCAACCAUCGGCCCUUCAAGACCCCCAUUGUCUGGAGUUCAUUCAUCACCGAGUACAACCUCGUCCUUGGAAUUCUGAGUGUCUUCGUGUGGAUUACAAAGAUUCCGGUCCACAUCCUUCACAUGCUUACUCCACCCUUGUCGGCCUUUGUCCACGCUGGCUUGAUAGCCGUGUAUAUCUACUCCGUUCGUUACCAGGCCGGUCCCGAUAUGUCUGACCCCGAGCAUCCUCAACCGGGCGCACCAUGGUACAUCACGAAGAAAUGCUCAGUGGCUGCCGUCAAAACAGACGUUCACUACUGUAUGCAAGCCAAGGCACUGUUUGCAUUUUCGAUAAUUCUCAUCCUAUACUACGUUGUCGUGCUCGGCAUCAGCUUGCAGAACUGCGUCAUAACGAAAGAAGAGCGUCAAGAACGGGAAGAGCUGCGCGAAGAGCGAAGGACUAUGAAGGAAUUUGAAGACUACGUUCUCAAGUCGCCUGGUAUCCCUAUGACCGUGCCGAGGCAACCCGGGCCCAUGCCGGCGGGCAUGCCUGGCAAGGCACCGUUCCAUAAGACUAUCACUCGAAGCACUGACGUGUCGUCGGCGGAUCUCCCACUUCGUCAACACUUCAGUUCACCUAACCCUCGCCGCUCAAUGCACCAAGUGUCGGCGGAGACUCUUUCCGGGCAUCAAGCCCAGUCCCAGACAUCUUUUGUGCAGACCAACAAGGCGACUGAUAACUAAGUGGGGUUGCAGUCUAGCCUACCUAACCCUGGAGAGCUACCUAAGGCUAGGGAGGCUCCUCGAGGCAAUCGCUAAGCAUGUAAUGGGAUUCACGUGCUCCAUAGCUCAGUUGCUCAUCAUUGAUGGCUUAAGAUCGAAUCCACGCUUACUUCUACUCUCACAUCCGUUCCUACAUCCAUACCCCGAAAUAUUGAUUUAUAUACCAUUUUGCGCGCUGGAUCACGCGGACUUUUAUCGGUUAUAUUUCCAAAUGCGAUGGCGAGGCAGUCAUCAGGAUCACAUAAUGUUGUUUGUUUGACUUAUUCACCAGUCACUAGUUCGUCUAGUGUUAUCGCGCUUCCCUCCCCAACAUUCUCUCAUUCCACUCUUAUCACGGUAAAAGAAAUAUCUGAGUAUAGCACCAAUAUAUGUUGUUGUUGAACCACCGUCCCAUAAUAGUAAGGAGCUUUAAAUUAUAUAGUUGCAGCCUAAUAUACUUUAGCUCUUUAUUGGA